AUGGACUCGUCUCUGCAUCUAUUUACAACUACCACGACCACUACCACGACCGCGACCACCACGACCACCAUCACCACCAUUAUAAACAACGCAUUGGCCUCGUCGUUGCCGCCUCCCUUGUCGCAGUCGUGGGAGAUUCUACAAAACACACUUGCCCAGAACUUCCUUUACUGUCUAAACUCGUUGGGUCACUUGCCCGGGGGCCAGAUUAUUCUUCGCUACAUCAAGUCUUCGUAUCAGAACGACCCCAUCAGAUCGUUGUUUGAGUACUGUUUAUUUAUAUUUGCACUCACCUAUUUUUUCACCGCGAAGAAGAAGGAGAACAAAUCCGAGAUUGUCAAGUUUUCCCAGUCGGAAAUCGACGAGUUGUGCAACGAAUGGGUUCCUGAACCGCUCGUUGAAGGAUUGACCGAUCUAGAAAGCUGGGAGUUGAAAUCGAUCCCAGAGAUAAUUGGACAAAACGGCGCCCAUGUCCACGUGGUGACUGCCGUCACCAACAAGCUUGCCCAGGAAACUGACAAAGAAGAAGAAGGAGGGCCGCUUGUGGUUAAUCUUGCGUCGCAGGAUUUCCUCAACCUCAACGAAAGUCCCAGUGUGAAAAAGGCCGCCAAGCAAGAGAUUGAAUAUGCGGGUGUUGGUGCAUGUGGACCGCCAAAUUUUUACGGAACCCAGGAUGUACACGUUCGUCUUGAAGAGGACUUGGCAAAAUAUUUGGGCACCGAGCAAGCGAUCAUCUACGGGCAAGACUUUGUCACCGCGGGAUCCGUCAUCCCCGCAUUUUUGAAAAGAGGCGAUCUUUGCGUGGUUGAUCGAGAUGUGAAUCUCGCGUUGCAAAAGGCUUUGAUUGUUAGUCGUGCCGAUAUCGAGUGGUACGACCACAAUGACACGGUGCACUUGGAGCAGAUAUUGAACCAGUUGCAGCCGGUGCUUGCCAAGCAAAAGCCGAUAAGAAGACGUUUUAUCAUCACCGAAGGCUUGUUUGCAAACACGGGAGACAUUGCAAAUUUGCCCAAGAUCGUGGAGUUGAAGAACAAGUUCAAGUACAGACUCUUCUUGGACGAGUCCUUGUCUAUCGGAGUGUUGGGUAACUCGGGAAGAGGCUUGUGUGAGCACUAUGGAAUCGACAGAGGCGAAAUAGCGAUAACCAUUGGUUCCAUGGCAAACUCCUUUGCGUCCUCGGGCGGCUUUUGCGUGGGUGUGGAACCCAUGAUCCACCACCAAAGAAUAUCGUCAAAUGCAUACGUUUUCAGUGCAGCACUACCCCCAUACUCGGCAAAAGUGGCCUCGCAGGCAAUCAGAGAAAUCAGGGACUCCUCGGAGCCCCGCACCGGCAACUCCAAGCUCAUGUCCACACUCCACCAGCUCACUUCCUUCACCUACGAUGCCUUUUUGCGAAGCUUGAAGGAUCUUCCCAUAACAAUGGUCUCUUCUCCGCAAUCCCCAAUGAUCCAUCUAGCCUUGAGUGAAUCUUACCGUGAGGAGCUCAAUUUGCCCUUGUUAUAUGGAAACUCGACUUUUGUCACCAAGGGCAAACCCGCGAAGCACUUGAACGCCUUUGACGAAUACUUGAAUCUCGAAUCCUUUGUCUUGCAGAAAAUAGUCGACUAUGUCCUCGUUGAGGGCGGCAUCUUGAUCACACGGUCAAAGUUGAUUUUGGAACACGAGAACUUGCCAGUGAAUCCUCCCCAGUUGUUGAUCAACAUCAACACGGGCGUGUCUCGAGAAGAACUAAGCAAGUUGGUAUCGGUCUUUGCUCGGGCAGUUGAACAUGUGCUCAAGAACUUGAAGGACGAAAACGACUUGUUUCAAUUAUAUGAUGAAAUCAGGGAUUACGGUCUCAAAUAA